GCGAGCAGCGAGCGCAUUUAUACUGAAGGACGGUUGCCAGUGCUCGUGUAGAAGAGGAGGGAAAAGAAGACCUCGUCCGUCCGUCAUGCAGCCUUAUCCGCUUUACAUGUGGUAUGCUCCAGAACACAUAAAUGUUGUGCCAAUCAGACAAGCCGUACCGACGCCUGCGCUCCAAGAACGGCCGCUGCGUUCGGGGAUACUGAAGUCGAGUACAGGAAUCCCGGAUCCAGGGAAAGCGCAACCUGCAAAGACCCUACGCUUCCGACUGGAGCCUACAGCCAUAGGACAGGCCAGCUCCGGAGUCGGGAGCGUAGAGUUGGCGGAGACGUCGAAUGAAGCGUGGUCGACCGCGCUGUCGUCCACCAUAACCGCCGAGGACGAGCCACCGGAAAGCAACGUAGCGACUCCGCCGCCGUCGCCGUCGGAAGAUUCGGAGGAAUCGGAAGUUCCGACAGAGGUCGCCAAGCGCGGAUCGUCGUCGCAUUCCGAGAACCGCGGUAGUGCGUCCUCCGAGAUCAGCUCUGCCAAGUCGUCGUCGACCAGUGGCCGCGGAAGCAGGAAAGGCCUUGAGGUGAGCGACGAAAAGAGUGAAUUUCAGGGCAGCUGGAAAAAGCGCGCGAGGCAUUGGAUCCCGGAGGAAAUCAGGCAAUACUUGACCGGCCUCGCCUGGCUAGGCGACGUCGGCCCCGGCGGCGGCGCGAGCGGUUCGUCGCUACCCGCCAGUCGAUCGUCGAGCGGGGAGUGGAGCUCGCUCGCCGAAGAGGACGUGGCGCAGCGCGCUGCACGCAAGAGGUACGCCGCGUUUACGCUGCUGGCUGGACUGCUGAUGCUUAUGGUGGCCGCUGUGACGGCGAGCAUAGAGGGGAGCGCGUCUCGAUCCGACCAGAGCGUCAUGCUCGACCAGGACGGCACUUCGUUGCCGAUCCCGAUCGAAGAAGAGAGCGCGAGCGUGGUGGCGAUGGGGCCUCGCAUACACGACGGCGGCAGCGACGAAGGAGCCAGGAUCGCCGCCCGCAGCCACGAUGACGGAAGCUAUACGACGCAGCAGAUAGAUGGUCCGACGCGUCCUGGGAAGUUGAAAGACGUCACCGCCGUGGCCAACGACGGUGGCGACGGACACGUGGUUGGUGACGUUCAAGAAGUCACCGACUACUGGCGAAUGGAUGAGCACGCCAACCCAUCGAUUUCGCUGAGGCGAAAGGCGCAGGUGCCGAAAGCGGGCUCCGCUUUACGCGCGCAGCCGGUAGCUGCGUCGAAACACCGUCGCUACGUCACAGGGACCAAAAGAGCCGCCAUUUCCACGAGGGGUGUCGCAGGUGCCCCAAAGGGGGCGAGUGAACUGCUCGGCGGUGUUACUGCAGCGAGUGCGUCACACCGCGCUUCCCCAGAGCCGACUUCCGGGGACCGCAAAGGCACGCUGAUCGACGCCAGUGCCACCAAGUGGACUUCGAUGACGACCCGUAAGAACACAACGGCGUCCCUUCAGGUCGCUGCGAAGGUAUCGGGAAUGGCCGCGGCUCGAGGACGCCUAACGAGCACUGAUCCUCAAGCCCGAGGUCGCAAAGCCACCGGUGUGGAGGAUUCGCCUAAUGGAAGCUCGACUACAAGCACGAUGGACAGCUCGCACUCGCGCUCGGCGGUACAACUUGUUCGGUUCCGAUAAAGUUUACGCCUGGCUUGUUUAAACCCGGAAGCCGCCUUCUGGAAAUGCGCACUUAAACCGACUCAUUCAAGACUUUACGGCGCCUGCUUAAAUUUUGUGGAUAACGGCAAUGUGGAUUUACGAAAAAAAGUGUA